AUGGGAAGGAUCAUCUUCUACGAGGACCGGAACUUCCAGGGCCGUUCCUAUGAGACCAGCAGUGACUGCCCUGAACUGACCUCCUAUCUAAGCCACUGCAACUCCUGCAGGGUGGAGAGUGGGUGUUUCAUGGUCUAUGAGCGCCCCAACUACAUGGGCCACCAGAUGCUGGUGAGGAGAGGAGAGUAUCCUGAUAACCAACUACUGAUGGGCAUGAGCAAGAGUGACUGCAUCAGGUCCUGCAGGACAAUUCCAAUGCAUAGGGGUACUUUCCGCAUGCGAAUCUUUGAGAGGGAGAACUUUUCUGGACAGAUGCACGAGCUCAUGGAUGACUGUGACUCCAUCCAGGAACGCUACCAUAUGUCUGACUGCCAGUCCUGCAACGUAAUGGAGGGUCACUGGCUCUUGUAUGAGCAACCAAAUUUCAGAGGCAGGAUGAUAUAUCUCAGGCCUGGAGAGUACCGCAGCCUUAGAGACAUGGGAGUUGGUCCAAUGAAUAUUAGAAUUGGCUCUAUUAGGCGCAUCAUGGAGCCCUGUUAG